AUGUUGUCCUUAGUUUACGCAUUCUUGGGGCUUCCGUGGUUUGUGCAUCUCAGCAUCCUCCUCGCAGCUGUGCCACUAGCACUUGUUACUGCCUACCUUGCCCUCCACUACAUCGCGCCCAAGCCACGAGCUCCCUACCCCUCCGAAAAGACAUACCAAACGACGAGACCCGAUGGCACGACCGUCUCUCACCAGCUCCCCUGCUGGUACGACAACUGGCUCGCCGAGCGCAAGCUUUCCGAGAGCGAGCAGCCCGAGCUAGGCAAGUUCCACAUCCCCGACGCAGGCCGCAUCGAGGACCCCACCGUCCUCGUCAGCGUCGUCGUACCCGCCUACAACGAACAGGAUCGGAUAUCCGCAGCCCUCGAGGAGGCCGUCGAAUACCUCGACAACACGUUCGGCCGACCUGGCGACAAGACCGCUGCCCAGAAGGCUUCUACAUUCUCGGGGGUUAAGAAGAGGUUGGCGCGGGGAGGAGGACCUCUGCCACCCGUAUCGGGCUAUGAGAUUAUUGUCGUGAGCGACGGGAGCAGGGAUCGCACCGUUGAUGUGGUGCUAGAGUUUUCGCGCAAGCAUAAGCUUGACGAUGUGCUACGUGUGGUGACCCUCGAGAAGAAUCGGGGCAAGGGUGGGGCUGUUACGCAUGGUUUUAGGCAUGUACGGGGAGAAUACGUCUUAUUUGCCGAUGCCGAUGGCGCAUCCAAGUUUAGCGAUCUCGGCAGGCUGAUUGAGGGCUGCGAGGAGGUUGCGGAUGGCUCUCAUCGUGGAGUGGCCGUCGGCAGCAGGUCGCACCUUGUUGGUAGCGACGCAGUGGUCAAGCGCUCCGCUCUCCGCAACUUUCUCAUGCGCGGCUUCCAUUUCAUCCUCAUGAUCCUCACACCUCCCGCCACCUCCCGCAUCAAGGACACCCAAUGCGGCUUCAAGCUCUUCUCACGCGCCUCGCUCCCCCACAUAGUCCCCUACAUGCACGCCGAGGGAUGGAUCUUCGACGUCGAGAUGCUCAUGCUCGCCGAGUCGGCCCCCGCCACGCCCGUCCUCGGUUCCGACGGUAGUGUUAUCGGCACCACCGCCGGCAUCAAGGUUGCGGAAGUACCCAUUGCCUGGCACGAGGUGGACGGUUCGAAGAUGAGCCUUGCGAGGGAUAGCAUUGCGAUGGCGUUGGGAUUGGCGGUUUUGAGGGCGAGUUGGAUGAUGGGUGUGUAUAGGCGGAGGAUGACGUGA